AUGGCAGCAGAGGAGGAACUGAGUCAGCUCCAACAGAACCCAUUCUUUGAGAAAUAUGCUAGCAAGAUUGCUGCAUUCCAGCAGUGUGUUAUCCUCAAAUUCCCAAGCAUGAAGCUGGAAGAUAUCUUGAAGGUGGAUCUUAUUGCUGGGAAGACUGCAGAUGAAGUACAACAGAUAUGGGAAGAAUAUCAUAAAGGGAAAGAGAAUUACCUUGCAGCUGUUGUACCUCCCUCCAUCUUCCAGCGGAUCAAUGAAACUGCUUCAAAGUAUCCCUUGUUUCUACUUCCUCUACCCCGAAAGCAAGGGUAUGAGUUCUUCUUCCUCCAGUAUGCUGGAGACGAAUUUCAUUUUACUUCUCUCAUCAAUUAUCAGGCCUUUCAAGAAAAUGCUCCAGAUUGCCUGGUGCUGCAUUACUACAAAGAACUGGCAGAUGAGAAAGGGUUGAUUCUGCUAAGAGGAGAAUUUGAUUCAAAAGUCCUUACUGGAAUGGAGGCCCAGUGUUUAGCCAAUCAGGUGCAGUUAUACUAUGGAAGUGAGGAUGCAACCUCACCCAAGAGACAGAAGCUUCUCGACACUUUCAAUGUGAAACCCUCAGAGUUCAAGCACAUGGACCUCAUUUCCUUUCUUGAGUUUCCUCUCUCUUGAGAGAGCAUUUCUCUCAUUUCUUGUCUCAGC